GAUGGUCUGCCGUACUGUGACUUUGACUAUCACGCCCUCUUCUCGCCCAAGUGUGGGGCGUGUCAGGCGCCCAUUCGGGAGAAAUGUUUGACUGCGAUGGGCAGAACGUGGCACCCUGAACAUUUCCUAACGGUUGUGACAUUAUUUGUCAACUCACUGCUAGGCCUCCCAAUAGUGCUUGUGUUGCUGUUCAGAAUAACGUCCGGGACAAUAUAUCUCGAGAAGCGAGGCAUAACAGCGCGGACAUUAUUUGGCUUUGUUGAGAAGAUAUGUGUGACAGCAUUGGACGCCAAAUGGCAUCCCGACUGCUUUGUCUGCAGAAUAUGUGUGACAGCAUUGGACGCCAAAUGGCAUCCCGACUGCUUUGUCUGCAGAGACUGUCACUGUCCGCUCAAAACUGGCAAUUACUUUGAGUUUGAAGGCGAGCCGUAUUGUGAGGACCACUACAGGUGUAAGAUGUGUCCCGAUUGCGUCAAAUUAAGACGAGCCCAAAACAAAUACUUCGGACAAUCGCCUGAAAUUAAAUUAGGCGCUUAAUAGAAGAUAUUUAUUCUUCAAAUUCUAUAUAACUUUCCAUUAAAUACAAUGUUUAGAUAUUUUUUAUAUAAUUUUACUUUAAUAUUGGAAAUCAGGCAUUUUUACAUUUAUACUUUUAAUUAUAAUACUGUGGGAAUAUUUAAUUAACUAUUUAACUUUAAACAAUUUUGUAUUAAUUCACUUCUAAUUGAACCAAAAAAAUCUGUAAUAAUUGGUAUAAAAUAAACAUAUUUUUUAACAAAUA